AUGCGCUGGAAAAACAUAGUUGAAACAACAACAGAAGAUGGCCAUAAACUGUACUACAGUGGACUACCAGAUGUUCACGAACAAAGAGUAGGAUUUCUUGUACACAGGAACUACAACAACUGCGUUGUGAAUUGUUACCCUAUAUCCAGUCGACUCAUCUCCAUACGUUUAAAGGCAUCACCCUUCAAUAUCACCAUCAUUCAAGCCUACGCUCCUACAUCAACAUAUGACGAUGAGGCAGUAGAAGAGUUUUAUGAUCAAUUACAGGAAGUGGUCAAUAAGGUCCCGAAAAAGGACAUCCUUGUUGUACAAGGAGACUGGAAUGCCAAAGUAGGAAGUGACUCCUAUCAAACCUGGAAAGGCACUUGUGGAAAAUACAGUAACCUUUCAACCAAUGAACGAGGUCAAAGACUAUUAGAAUUUGCGAAAUACAACAAUCUCUUACUGGCUAACACACUAGGAUGCCACAAAAAAUCGCGUAUAACCACAUGGCACAGUCCGAACGGAGAGCACCACAACCAGAUCGACUAUAUCAUGGUGCAACAGCGUUUUAAGACAAGCGUCCCUACAGCUAAAACAAGAAGUUUUCCUGGAGCUGACAUUGGAAGCGACCAUGACCUUGUUAUGAUGACCCUUAAAGUACACCUAAAAAAGGUAACAAAACAAGGACCUACCAGGAUAAAAUUUGACCUGGACAAGCUGAAAGACCCCAAAGUAGCUGCCAUAUUCGAGGCACAAGUAGGAGGACGCUUUGCAGCCCUCAACAUCUUGGACUCCAAUGACCAGGAUAUCGAUACGCAAGUCAAUAUGCUAAACACAGCAGUCACAGAUACAGCCCUAGAAAUAUUAGGGAAGCUCCGCCCGCCCAAAAAAACCCUGGGUAACAGAGGAUAUACUCCAACUCUGUGA